GGCUCUCCGGCCGGUCUCCACCUCUUCCUGCUCCAACACAACACUGCAAGUUCAAGCACCAGCUAACUCUCCUCCGGAGUCCGGCCAACGCUCAUGGCGAUGUGUGACACCGGCUCAAGCUUCGCGCAGUGGGCCGACGGCCUCUACACCUACGGGCCCAGCAACCCCGCGGGGAGCCCGUCCCUCGGCCACGCGUCGGAUCACUCCACCAGCCCUCCGACUCUGUCCGGCAGCGACGGGAGCCCGGCCCGGCCCGCAACGGCGGCAGCCCAGCAGCAGCAGCAACAGCAGGCCGGCGGCCUGCCCAUGAGCAAGACGAUCAAGAAGAAGCGGCCGUCGACGCGCGCGUCGCGCCGGGCGCCCGUGACGCUGCUCAACACGGACGCCGCCAACUUCCGCGCCAUGGUGCAGCAGUUCACCGGCGUCCCCGGCCCCGUCGUCAGCUUCGCCUCCAACGAUUAUGGCCACGCCUUCCAGCCGCAGCCGGCCGCCGCGUCCUUGGAUCACCACGGCCAUUUAUUCCACCAGCAUCAGCAGCAGCAGUACACGGGCGGGGCAUUCGGCUACGGCAACGUCCUGCAGCAGCAACAAGCAGCGUUCACGGGGCAUCACGGCGGGCUCGGGUUCGGGUCGGCGGAGGACAGGAUGCUGCUGCAGAGCAUGCAGCAGGCGGCGGCGGCGGCGGCGCAGAUGCCCGGCCGCAACGGCGCUAAUGGCUACUUCGCUUAAUCAAUCAAGUAGUGGUCGAUUGAAUGAGGCUUGUGGUUUUGUGAAGAGGGGGGAGAGAUCGGUAGAUUGCUUUUAGUAUGAUCGAUCUAUCCAAUUUGGUUUACAAGCAAGGUCUUUGAUUUGAGGCCAUGGAGUGGGGCCCCAGGGAUCUGUGACGAGUUGAUGACGAUCAAAGGUCAAAGUCAGACUUGUCAUGCUGCCGGCAAAAUAUCAGACGAAUUAGGUGUUAGCAAAAUAAGUAGUUGUUUGUUUUAAUUCCAGCUUAGCUUGAAUCGGUCGUCCAGGUUGUUAGGACGUGCUGAUAUUUCUGCAAUUUCUGUUAGAUCCAGAGCAGGCGAUCGUUGUGCCGUGCCUUGCAUGUAGGAUCGUACGUAGCAUGUUCUCGAUCGUGGGAUGGCACGGUCAGGUAGGGGAGUAACUCGCGGACGUUUGUUUCUGUUGAGAAUAAAUGAAUAAAUAGCGAAGCAAAACGGAAAAGCAGCAGGUUGAACGCCGCACCAAA